AUGUUGAAAACAAAGGCCGUAGAAAGAUACCUCGGGCAGGCAACCCAGUCGGGUGUCAAAGCAGUAUUACUUUUUGAUCAGAAUGGUAAGUGUUUUGCUUAUUCAUUUGUCUUUUAGGACGUCUGUGAAAAAUUGCCGCUUUAUUUUAGGCAAAAUUGUCGCUCGUUCUGGUCAUCAACCCACCGACAGUAUAAACGCUGUCUUCACGGCCAAGCUGUGGGAUUCUUUUGACCGUCAGGGAGCUCGUGAUCGCCUUAAGGAGAUGGUUCUUCACUACAAAGAAUUCACGAUUCUAGCCGCAAAGGCUGCAAAUAUGACCAUUGCAAUGAUUGCUGCGCCAGACCAUCCGAUGGCAAUAUGCCGAGCUAAAUUAAUCCAACUAGUCGAGGAUCUGCGCGAACCUUUGGCUGUCUUGGGGUAG